UCCUGCAGCCUACAGGAACUUGUACUCUCCUACACCACUCUCUGUAACACACAAAAGGAUGGCCAAGUUUGGACCCCGCGGUCUCCUGCACCAUGCUGCUCCCAUGGCGCCCAACCUCAAGCUCCACAUCCCUCCAAGAACCGCUCCACUCAAAACUAAGCACUCGGCCGUCUCCUUCAGGUGCGCCGCAGCGGAUCCGACGAGCACGGCCAGCAGCAGCGUGUUGCAACUGCAACCUGACAAGGAGUGCUUCGGCUUCGACGACUUCAAGCAGUACAUGGCGUCCAAGGUCGCGGCCGUGAACGAGGCACUGGACCGCGCGCUGCCGCUCCGGCACCAGGAGCGGCUCCACGAGUCCAUGCGCUACUCCCUCCUCGCCGGGGGCAAGCGCGUGCGCCCCGUGCUCGCGAUCGCGGCCUGCGAGCUGAUGGGCGGCGACGAGGCCGCGGCGGCGCCCGUGGCCUGCGCCGUCGAGAUGGUCCACGCCAUGUCGCUCGUCCACGACGAUCUGCCCUGCAUGGACGAUGACGACCUCCGCCGCGGCCGCCCCGCCAACCACGUCGCGUUCGGGAUCAGCACGGCGCUGCUCGCCGGGGACGCGCUCCUGGCGCUCGCGUUCGAGCACGUGGCCCGUGGCUGCGCGGGCGGCGUCCCCGCCGAGCGCGCGCUCCGUGCUGUGGCCGAGCUCGGCAACGCCGUGGGCGCUGAGGGGUUGGCCGCCGGCCAGGUGGUGGACCUCGCCAGCGAGGGCGCGGCCGUCGGGCUGGCCACCCUGGAGUACAUCCACGUGCACAAGACAGGGCGGCUCCUGGAGGCCGCGGCCGUGUGCGGCGCCAUUGUCGGCGGUGGCACCGACGAAGAGGUUGAGAGCAUUCGUAGGUACGCGCGGUGCAUCGGCCUGCUGUUCCAGGUUGUGGACGACGUGCUCGACGUCACGCGCACGUCCGAGCAGUUGGGGAAGACGGCCGGCAAGGAUCUCGCGGCGGACAAGGCCACGUACCCGAAGCUCAUGGGCAUCGACGGGGCGCGCGCAUACGCCGCCGAGCUCGUGGCAAGCGCGGAGGCCGAGCUCGACCGGUUCGACGCCGGACGCGCGGCGCCACUGCGUCACCUGGCGCGGUUCAUCGCUUAUCGGCAGAACUGAUCAGGAUUGCCGGUUGCGUCAUAUUUCUUUUCUUGUUCAGAAUGAAAUCGAUGGUACCACGAAUCACAAAUUAGUGUAAAACACUAGCUCCAAUAUAUAAAAGCAAAUUACGGGCCCUUUUUUAUGAGGAUAUUUAUAUUA